AAAGUUAACUUUAUUACCCAUAACACAUACUUCUAAAAGAAUGCCAGAAUAGCUGAAUUCAUACAUUUCACAAAAAUUUAUUGAGUUCCUCUUCUUUGUAGGUGCACUAGGAGAAAUCACACAGUUCCUUACCUCAAGGCUCUCACAGCAAACAAAUCUAAAAAAAUGAUUGAACUGUAUACUUAACAUUUGUGUACUUUAGGUAAAUUAUACCUCAAUAAAAAUAUAAAUAAAACCAAUUUUGCUAUAUGCUAUGGGCUUUUAUAGGUCAAGAAAAUUGAUCUUUGGAUUCUCAUAACACAUUUUUUUAAACAGGCUACUUAUUUUAGAUAUUUAUUUUUCCCCGAGUAGAAUGGAUUAAUUACAAGUAAUGACAUUGGAUCAGUCUUGCCUCUUUUAAGCAUAGGCCUUUACCGUAAUCUGCUUCCAAACAAUCCCAAUAAAAUCGUUGAUUUUAAGAGUCAAAAAGUUGCUCAGAGCCUUCUUCAGGGACUCAACUUUUUCUGCCACAUGGAUCCUUUGAAACUCUGAUAAAAGCAAAGCUAUAGACUUCCUCCCUGGAAAUAUACACAUGCACCAAGAUUUUGGGAUAAACACACCACUGAAAACCAUGCAGGGACCCACUUAGGAACCCAAAGAUCUCAAAUUAAGAUCCACUGAGAUAACACAAUCCUUUUCCUCCAGAUGAAAGCAAUAGACCCAGGGAGCGAAAACAGCCUGUUUAGGGGCUGAAGACAGAACCCAGCCUUCUGAUACUGUUUACUCCACUGUCUCUUUAGAUAUCAUUAAGUUCCCUUCGCCCCCAAAACUCCCAUCUGUGGAUCCCCUGAGUUUAGAAGAACUUCCACAGUACCUUGUAGCCUACCUUUUAUAACUGGAGUCACACCGGAAGCUGGUCAAAGUUUACCUUUUACUUAUUGGAGAACAACAGGUACAAAGCAGAGUUCCUUAUAUUAAAUUGGGACAUUUUUCUCUUUUUUUCCUCAAAACCGAGAAUGGAAGUGAAAAUUAAAAUCCAGCAAUAAAGGGUUUUCUUUUUAGUUUAAUGAAAUCAACUCUAAAAUUUGCUUUUAUUUAUACUCUGAAAUUUAAAACUUUGUUCUUCGUUGAUCUUUAUAACAUUGGAAAGAUUGAACUUACACUUUGCUCUGUGAAUCUUUCAAUGGUUUGUGACCAAACCAUAAAUUUCAACCCGACCCAGGAAAUUUCUGCGACUUGUGCCCACCCAGUUUUGCAGUUUGGAACAGAAUUCUUGCUCCCAAUCCAAAUAGAGACUGAGAGAAAUGAAAGAGGACCCAGAAAGCCUUUUCUUCUCUGUGAAAGGCCUGAUCCUAAGUGGAGCAAUCAAUAAAGAAAAGGGUUCAAGCUGCAGCCUACAAAUUUCUUAGAGUUUAAUGUGUUCAGGAUGAGGUGGAGAAAUUACAUAAACCUGUGAAUAGACAUGGAAUAGAAGCCAUGUGUAUAUGCAUUCUGUCCCUAAAGGUUUUGUUAGGUACUUACUAAGCUAUUCCUUCUGUGCAAUCAUCUUUCGUUUUUCUACUUGUAUGGAUGAAAGCCUACCUUCACUGAACACUUCACCUUAUGUGCCAGCUAUUGUUCUAAACCCAUUACAUUAUUUAAUCUUCACGACAAUUCUUUAAGGUAGUCUUAUUACUAUGCCCAUUUUAUAGAUGAGCAAACAAGUUUUCAGGGGUCAAGAAAUUUGAGCAAGUUCACAUUAACUUGUAAAUCACGAAAUUGAGCAUCAGAUACAAGCAUCUGGCUGCACUUCCUGAGUUUGUACGUCCUUCUCUCAUAAAGAGAUACAUUGAAGACUGAGAAAGAAUACUGUUGGCCGAUUCCUCAGGCAAUAAUUUUUUCGAUAUUGUAUUGUUGUCACAGAAACCUCCAGCCUCUCUCAUUGAUGGACGGUAGGAGGGGCACAUGGAGUGGACCAGGAGUGGGGUGGGGGCGUGCUUUUAGAAGCGUGUCGGGGGAACGACAAGGCGCGGGUCGUACAGGUCUACCCUCUCUGCAGUCCCAGCAUGGCUCCUGGAGCUCUCUGGGCGGCUGCUGACCCCGACAUCGAGGCGGCCCGCCCCCAGCGCCGCGCUGCCCAAUCAGCGGCGCGGCCUGGUGCCCCGCCACUCCGCGCCGGCCAUAUAGGCUUCCUCCUGGCGCGCCUCCGCACCGCAUUGGUGGACCGGCCCCCAGCCCGUCCAUGGGCGUUGUGGCCGCCACCGCAGGUUCCGCCUCCCGUUCCCUCCGCCCUCAACGUACGUCGCACCGCCUCUCUGUAGCCGCCCGCGGAGCAUCGCAGCCGGCCCGGGCCCCCGCCAGCCUCCCUGCUCGCGUCCCUCGGUGUCCUCCGCGGGCCGGCGCGAUGCGGCUGGGUCCGAGGACCGCGGCGUUGGGGCUGCUGCUGCUGUGCGCCGCCGCGGCCGGCGCCGGCAAGGCCGAGGAGCUGCACUACCCGCUGGGCGAGCGCCGCAGCGACUACGACCGCGAGGCGCUGCUGGGCGUCCAGGAAGAUGUGGAUGAAUAUGUUAAACUCGGCCACGAAGAGCAGCAAAAAAGACUGCAGGCGAUCAUAAAGAAAAUCGACUUGGACUCAGAUGGCUUUCUCACUGAAAGUGAACUCAGUUCAUGGAUUCAGAUGUCUUUUAAGCAUUAUGCUAUGCAAGAAGCAAAACAACAGUUUGUUGAAUAUGAUAAAAACAGUGAUGAUACUGUGACAUGGGAUGAAUAUAACAUUCAGAUGUAUGAUCGUGUGAUUGACUUUGAUGAGAACACUGCUCUGGAUGAUGCAGAAGAGGAGUCCUUUAGGAAGCUUCACUUAAAGGACAAGAAGCGAUUUGAAAAAGCUAACCAGGAUUCAGGUCCCGGUUUGAGUCUUGAAGAAUUUAUUGCUUUUGAGCAUCCUGAAGAAGUUGAUUAUAUGACGGAAUUUGUCAUUCAAGAAGCUUUAGAAGAACAUGACAAAAAUGGUGAUGGAUUUGUUAGUUUGGAAGAAUUUCUUGGUGAUUACAGGUGGGAUCCAACUGCAAAUGAAGAUCCAGAAUGGAUACUUGUUGAGAAAGACAGAUUCGUGAAUGAUUAUGACAAAGAUAACGAUGGCAGGCUUGAUCCCCAAGAGCUGUUACCUUGGGUAGUACCUAAUAAUCAGGGCAUUGCACAAGAGGAGGCGCUUCAUCUAAUUGAUGAAAUGGAUUUGAAUGGUGACAAAAAGCUCUCUGAAGAAGAGAUUCUGGAAAACCCGGACUUGUUUCUCACCAGUGAAGCCACAGAUUAUGGCAGACAGCUCCAUGAUGACUAUUUCUAUCAUGAUGAGCUUUAAUCUCUGAGCCUGUCUCAGUAGAGUACUGGCUCCUUUUAUAAUUUGUUACCAGCUUUACUUUUGUGAUAAAAUAUUGAUGUUGUAUUUUACACUCUUAAGUCUUAACCACAGUCAGAAUUAUCUUAAUGUAGAUUAUAAUUUUGGUCUUUUAGGAAAAAAAAACAAAAAUCUGAUAUUUAUUUCAAAACGUAUUGAAGCAACAAAAUAUUAAUAUUGUGCCAUAUGACAACAAAGUCUCUCCUAAAUACUCCAUCUGUUUAGUACUGUAUUGUGGAAUAUUUGAGUUCUAUUUCCAUACUUGAAAACAUGGAGGAUUUUAGAGAUGCCUGAACAAUAUUAUUUAAGUAGUAUGUGACCGAGCUAUAAAUUUUUGUUUUUGUUCUAAGUAGAUUUAAUUUGGGAACUGACAGGACAAUGUUUUUAGGUUUAGCAUUUUGUUUAAAAACCUUUAAAGAAACCUUUAGAAGGACUUAGACCUCACAUAUUAAUGUUGAGAAGUUCUGCUUAAUUUUAAAAUGGUUUCUAUAAAGGGUUUUAUUGUAUGAAAUAGAACUUUAUAUUUUUGCAUAUGUAUAGAUAGUAAUUAUAUUUAAUGUAUAACUAUAGCAUUAUGGUGAGUGGAAUUUGACAUUGUCCAAACCUUUUUCAUUUUUGAGUGAUUAAAAAUGAAACGUCCUUUGUA